AUGGUGCAAGUAAGUAAACCAACGAAAGUACACAAAAAUAAUUCGGUGCCUUCCAUGCCAGUUGUUGGCAAGUAUAAGGGAAAACCCGGAUUACUCAUUCAUCAUUUGACUCGGUACUCAUACCACCGCCUCCUCCUGCGUCAUAUCAUGGUGGUCCAAAAG